GCAACUAGCAAGUUUUAAUUGUAAAGUUUUCUUUAAAAUACUAUACUUACUUAUUUGAUGUGUCUCGCUAAAAAAGUCGUACUUACUACUGACAAACCUUAUAGGCUUGUUGCUGCAGAACGUAAUAUUUUGCGAAGUCAUUAUAAAUUAUGGAGAAAGAGCUGUUUAUUAGUUUCUGAUGGAGUAAACAACAAUUCCCUUCUGAACUCAACGACGGGAGAUCCUGACUCGGACAAUCUGAACAGUACCUGCUGGCUGUGUCCGGGAAUGAUCGCUCUAGCUGUCAUCUCUGGUUAUGUAUUGUCCUCAGUGUUUUUCCUCAAGUUUCCCAUCCUUUAUCGAAAGAAACAACAGGCUUUCCGAUGUGUUCAUAUUAGCCAUCGCGGAGGGGCGGGAGAGAACCUGGAGAAUACGAUGACGGCAUUUCGCCAUGCAUUGUCGACCGGUACCCAUAUGCUGGAGUUGGAUUGCCAUUUAUCCAAGGAUGGGCAAGUCGUGGUCGCACACGAUGGUUUGCUGCUGCGGCCGUGCGGUCGUUCUGUGCGCAUCGCCGAAACAGACUACUGUGAUCUGCCGCCGUUAAAAAAAGCGCUGACUUUGGAUUUCAAAAAAAAAUUCACUUGUAUGGCCCAAAAUGGCGACAGGAAGAUGCCGUUACUACGAGAAGUGUUUCAAGAAUUUCCUGACGUGGUAGUAAAUGUUGAUAUUAAAGAAAACAAUGACGAACUCAUCAGCAAGGUAUCAGAUCUGGUUAAGGAAUUCAAGCGGGAGCAUUUGACCGUUUGGGGCAAUUUCCGCGAUCUCAUUACGCAGAAAUGUUAUCAUGAAAAUCCGCACAUACCUCUCCUGUUUUCCAUCAAACGCGUUGUGGCAACUGUAGCUCUGUUCUACACUGGCUUACUGCCAUUUCUGCCCAUCAAAGAACAGUUCUUUGAAGUGUGCAUGCCUUCCAUUUUUUUGGAUCAGGACACGAAUUUCGAAAUAGCAAAGCGAUCGACACGAUUCUAUGUGUGGUUUAUUGACAAGAUUCUAAUGCGGAAAUCGCUGUUCGACCAUUUGAGAAAGCGGGGCAUCCAGGUGUACAUUUGGGUAUUGAACACUGAAGACGAAUUUCGACGGGCUUUCGCUCUGGGCGCUGACGGUGUCAUGACAGACUUUCCAACUCGACUGCGGGAAUUCUUGGAUGAAAAUCCCCAUUAUAUUACUGUGAAAGCCUAGUUAGUCAAUGCUACUGUAAUUUACUUAAUUUAUUGACCAAACGGGAUGUACAGUAUGUAGAAAAUUUGCCUCUUUUGAUGUUCCUCGGUGAGUGAUAAAGUUUUAUACUGGCGCUGUGACUUUAGCGGUUCACUGGAACUGCUCGAAUUGUCGUAAAUAGGAGUAAAAGUUGGCGGUGAUGU